CCCUUCUCCGCCAUUUCUCACCAGAGAUUUUUUUUCAUCCUCUUCAACUACUUUUUCCAUCUCCGUAUUCCAUAGUUGGCAUCUUAUCGAGGGCAUCAUCUUGAGGUCUAUCGAGGGCUCUGUGGGUUUUGAUACCGAGGGCAGUCCAAACAUUUGUUGCAGGUCUUGCUUGUCUAUUCCUGCUGACCAGGUUCCCCGUCCGACUUUCCAUCUCGAGGGCUUGCGCGCUUAGCAGAAGAUCUUUUCUGCCAGUCAUUUGCCAACACAUUUGACUCUUGAGGUCGAGGGCUCUGAUUCACUUUGUGGGUUGAGGGUUUUAUCACACAAGUAACAUUUUUGCCGUAUUGCACAGAGGUUUCGAGGGACGAACUCAUUACCGAGGGUUUCAGUUUCAUCAUCAUCAUGUCCAAAUCAACCAAGUCAAAGUCAGCGCCCGGCGCCAAGGCCUCCAAAUCCGAUGUCUUGAGCAAGGUCAAGGGUGCCGCUGUCACCAAGCCCGCUCAAAGCGACAAGAGCAAGAGCAAGGAGAUCGCUAAGAAGGUUGCCGCUAAAGAGGACAAGAGAUCCAAGAAGGUUCCAGUCAAGGAGCCAACACCAGAGUCUAGCUCCGACGAGGAGGAGGAAGACAGCGAGUCAGAAGAAUCCGCUUCUGAAGAAGAAAGCGAAUCCGAGUCUGAAGUCGAGACCAAGAAGACCAAGAAGACCAACGGAGCUAAGGUCGCCCCCAAGGAUGCUUCCAGCGAUGAAGAGUCCAGCGACGAGUCUGCUUCUGAAGAGUCCGACUCCGAAGACGAGGCUCCCAAGACCAAUGGCUCUGCCAAAGCCGCCGUGAAGGCUGCUGAGGACUCUGACGACAGUGACGAGUCUUCUGAAGAAGAAAGUGACGAAGAGGAAGAAGCUGCUCCUAAGACAAACGGUACCAAGCCUGCCAAGGCCGAGUCCGAGGACAGCGAUGAGGAAGACAGUGAUGCUUCCAGUGGAAGCGAAGAGGGCAGUGACGAGUCUUCUGAGGACGAGAGCGAUGAAGAAGAGGAGGUUGAGAAGAAGUCUGCCAAGCGCAAGGCCGAGGACACCGAGUCGCCUGCCGCUAAGAAGACCAAGGUUGAGACCACCGACGCAAACACCAACAGUCCCAACUUGUUCGUCGGUAACCUCUCAUGGAAUGUCGAUGAGGAAUGGCUCCGCUCCGAGUUUGAGUCCUUUGGCGAGCUCAGCGGUGUUCGUUUGAUGACUGACCGCCAGACUGGCCGAUCCAAAGGAUUUGGCUAUGUUGAAUUCGUCAAUGCUGCCGACGCCGCUAAGGCUCAGACUGAGAAGCAUGGUGCUGAUCUCGACGGUCGUGCCUUAAACGUUGACUUUGCCAACGCUCGUCCUGACGCUGGCCAGAAGCAAGACAACCGACGCAAGUCUUAUGGUGACCAAGUCAGUGAACCUUCGGACACUCUCUUCCUCGGCAACCUCUCUUUCGACUGCACUCAGGAGGAUGUCACCGACGCUUUCGGUCCUCAUGGCACUGUCCUAGGCAUCCGUCUCCCUACUGAUCGUGAGACCGGUGCUCCCAAGGGCUUUGGCUACGUCACCUUUGCUUCGAUCGAAGAAGCUCAAGCUGCUCUCGAGGCUAUGCAAGGUGGCUACAUCAAGAGCCGACCCGUCCGUCUUGACUACAGCCAACCUCGCCAACAAAAUGAUUCUCCUGCUCGUGGUGGAUUCGGCGGUCGUGGUGGUGGCCGUGGCGGCUUCGGAGGACGUGGAGGUCGUGGCGGUGGUCGCGGUGACUUCGGCGGUCGUGGCGGACGAGGUGGUCGUGGUGGUGCUCGAGGCGGUCGUGGUGGUAGCUACAACCGUGGCGGCUUCGGAGACUUCUCUGGCACCAAGGUCACCUUCUAAGUUGAUCGCAUUAGAUCAGUGGUGUUGUAUCGACUAUCGACGUUCAUUGUCUGCAGGAUACCCAUGGGCACUACUCCGUACUCGAAUGACUGAUUGGAUUCGACGUCGAGUCUGAUCAUUUUCCAUUGUAUCGGCUGGGGAGUUGCAAGGUAAAUAUGCUUUACGAACAAAAAAAGUUGGUCCUUUUGUUGUAAUUUUCAUAUGCAAUUCACAUUGAUGUCGCUCUUUAA